CCGCGAGAAACAGGGGUAUCUAUGAGCAGAUAAAUGGUGUCCACUCUUUCAUCUCCACACCUAAACCAGUCUUGAAAAUGACACAGGCAAACUUUUACUGGCGUUGGUCUGUGCAUAAUUUCAAUUGUGGCGCGUAGAAAGGAUAAUGCGAAGAAAAGAAAAGAGCAGGCAUAAAACCCCUCAAAAAACGGACAAUAAUAUGCUCCAUUUUAUUUUAUUUUUCUGUUUACAAGGGUCCAAGAUGCAAUAUCAAUUAGAUGAGAAUCACCCAUUUUUGGGUCCCCUUUUUUUUAUUUUUUUUAUAUUUUUUUGGGAUUCUCGUGUUUAUAGCUUACGACUAGCAAAAUCGUACUGGAAUAAUAGGCGAACUAUUCUAGAUAUAUUUUUUUUCUCCUAAAAGGCACAUUGUAACCCAAGGGCACAAUAAAAAAACUUUCUCACCAUGAGAACGCGAUGAUUUCUCG